AUGCAGAAACUCCACGCUUCGUGGCUUCUAGUGACCCUGGUGGCGUACGGUGCCAGCGCUGAGACGGUUGAUCUGCCGGAGUACCUGCACGUCUGCCACCGCGAAGAUCCCAAGCUGACCGAAUGUAUGAAGGAAUCGAUCGAAACGCUUCGACCGUACCUGGCCCGGGGCAUCCCCGAGCUAGACAUUCCCUCGAUCGAUCCGAUCCAUCUGGGCGAUUUGAUCGUGGCGGAGAGUGUGCCCGGCCAGGGCGUCAGUAUCUCGGCGAAGGACAUCAAGGCGUACGGUCCGUCGAACUUUAAGCUAAAAAAGCUCACUGUGAUCGAGUAUGGCAAGAUCUACUCGUUUGAGCUCGAGCUGCCGCAUCUGUACGUCGAGGGCCGGUACGUUGUGGAUGGCAGAAUUUUGCUGCUGCCCGUGAAAGGGUCGGGCAAAUUUACUGGAAACUUUACUCAAGGUAUCGGCAGCGUACGUAUCAAGGGUGAUCGGAAGCGCAUUAACGACAAGGAUCAUCUGUCGCUCGCUAAGCUCGACAUCAAAAUUCGAGUCUCCGACGGUCGGAUAAAGCUGGAGAACCUUUUCGGUGGUGACCGGGUGCUAGGUGAAAUCAUCAACGAAACCAUCAACCAGAACUUUAACCUGCUCAGCACCGAGCUCAUUCCGCUGAUCGAGAAAGCUCUGCAGAGGAUAUUCAAGCGGACGGGCAAUAAAAUUCUCGAACGCUUCCCCGAGGAAUCGAAUCGAAACAGUGUCAGCGUACGGUACCGCGCUCACGGUAGCUUAGAUUGUGCAAGUACUAGACCGCGUGCAAGUGGGCCCGCAAUGGAUCGUUCUGGAAGUGCGAGCGGUCGUUCUGGCCGAGGCCGUUCGAGGGUGACACGGUUACGUUGCAACAUGGCCCUCAUGGGUUUGGCGACGUUUGCCGUGUUCGGGGUGCUGUCGCCGGUGAUUUUCCACGUGGCUGAAGCGAAGGAGAUCGUGAUUAGGAAUAAGGACGUGCCGCAGUAUCAAGCGAAGCCUGAGUGGCUGCGAGUGUGUAAGCGAGCUAAUCCGAACGAAGACGACUGCUUCAAGAAAAUGUUCGAAGGAACCUUCCCCUACAUCGCUAAGGGUAUUCCGGAAAUCGGUGUCCAACCGUUCGACCCACUCCGGUUAGAAUCCAUCCAGGUGUCGCGUGGUUCCGGCGGCCUUACGCUCAGCGGAGGCUUCAAGAAGCUGAGCAUCAAAGGGCCAUCCAACACGACCGUUCGUCGGGCGUUUCUCGACUUUGACAAGCACGCGCUGAGCUUCGAGCUCGAGAUUCCGAAGCUGCGCAUCGAUGCGAGCUACAAUCUGAAGGGAAACGUCCUGCUGCUGCCGCUAGUUGGCGACGGGGACGUAACGAUGUCGCUCAAGAACGUCAAGACAACGGUCGUGACCAAGUUUGCCGUGCGUCCACUGCCGGAAGAUGCAAUCUUUAUCGAGGAAAUGAAAGUGACCUUCCUUGUCGGUGGCAUGCGCAUACAUCUGGACAACCUGUUCCAAGGGAAUCAAGUACUGGGGGCAUCGCUGAACCUGUUCCUCAACCAGAACGCGAACGAAGUCAUCGCGGAGCUGCGGUCGGAUCUAGAGCACGGGCUGGCCGACAUAUUUACCGGGCUCUGGAACGAGCUGUUCAAUAAGCUACCGUUGAAGCUUUGGAUCGCUUAA